AUGAGCAAGUGGUGGCCAGCAGGCAAGACAACAGAUGAAGAACAAGUCGAUUUGCACAGCAAGAAUGGACAAGAGUUGCUUGACCCAGUCUGCUCAGAAGAAUCUGAUCAAGCAAAGGAAGAAUUUCAAGAUAAAAAAGAUGAAGUAAAUGACGCUAGCUUCUCCGGUUGGUCUAAGGUAGAGGACUUGCUGCAGAAAAACUUCUGGAAGGCUCAAUCGCCACAUCCUGCCGAGUGCUCGAAGGCGCUCGACGAGUUUCUUGACUCGGUCUUCGGGUCAAGCCUGGAUGAAGCGACUCUGCAGGCAAAGGACGCGAUUCGAGCUGAAAACAAGUCGAUCGACGAGCUGAUAGAGCAUGGCGCUACCGUUGCCGAUCUGGUUAACAUGGGGGUUCCCUUCCCUCAGGCAAGGAAGUUCCACACAGCUCUGUGUGCGAGAAAGAGUCAAGCAGCGCGGCUCUUGGUGGUUGAAGAAGCGCCAGCCAGCGGUCAGAUCGAUGAGCUUGUCGAGGAAAGAAUUGAGUCCAGGACGAUCGGCUUGGAGAAAAAUCAGACAUGGCGAGGAGAGAGUCCAGUAGCCAAGGGUCAAGUCAAGCCACAUGAGCCGAGUGGUGAGCAGGAGGACAGCCUCCGAGCGCCACUGCAAGAAGAACUUCUGCUGUGGAUCCAACAACGAGGCCUGACCUGCGAAGCUAGCUUUUCUCAUCAAGGAUACAUCGACUUUGCAUGCAUGGAAGAGCUGAAGGCUCAAGAUAUUGAAAAACUGGGAGUAGCAGAGCCGCAGGCGUCUGAGUUGCACGAUGAGAUCCGAAGGAGGAGGCUGGAGGAUCAAAAGUUGGUCGAAGAAGCUUCGAAAGCUAGAGGUUCUCGCAACGUACAGCGCGCAGUGAGCAUCGCCUCUGAAGCCUGGAGGAAGAGUCUGGAGUCUUGGAGGGAUCAAGGACAGCAUCCAGGAGAAAAUGGUAGGCCACGAGACCUCUGGAGGAGGACGAUGGACUUCGCUAGCUUGGCGGGAAACGGAGCAGUAGAAUCAGCUCAGAUGUUCAUGAAGCACAUCUCCAACCAAGCUGAGGAUUUUGUGUCCGCACGAACCUUCGGGUUGUCGUUUGACGAUGCUCUGGUCUCCUCAGCCUUUCGUAUCGAGGGGGUUGAUGGCAGCUCCUACAUCGACUGCGCUGUUGCGAAGUUUUCCUACACACUCAGUCCGUCCAUCGCCAUCGGCUAUGCUCUAAGAUCAGGCUGUCACCUCCAUUCCUUCGACUUCCUCAUCAAGGCCUUCAGCGAGUCUGGCUACCUGCGGCUCGGGGUCAUGCAGGUGGACCAGAGCGAGGCGGGAGCUCCGGGGCUGAAGGGCGAGCAGGAGACAGGCUGCAUCGACUUGGACUUGGACGGCGCGUUCAAGGUCGGCGACGACGAGCGGAGCUGGGCGAUCUCGUCGGGUGGAAACCUGAUUCAUUCCAACAGCAGCUGGGGGCCGCGGCUGAAGGCGCCUCUCAAGUCGGGGGACCGAGUGAGGGUCAUCUACUACGAGCACACUGGAGGCAAGUCACGCGCUGCUUCCUCCUCCUGCCCCGUGACUUUCAACAAGGUCGCUGGGCCGCUCGUCCCGUGCGUGUCGGCGAGCGGGCAGACCAAGUGCGUGGUGCAGCUUGACAACUACUGGAACUAUUAG